AUGAGUUACCAGGCAUAUCUCAAAUCUACUGCAGCUCAUGCCAGCAACAAAACUCCACCUCCAAGCUCUAUUCAUCGAAAACCUCCUCCGGGGGCUGCGCUGUCUGGCUCAUCCAUCCAUAGCACUCUAAAGAGCAGUGCUAACCCAAUAUUAACCACCAACUCCUCGCUCACGCCUGCAUCAUCAACGAACUCUUCAGCAAACACCUCUGCCCCUAAAAUACCACCCGCAUCCGACUCGAACAUCCCUGCCUCUGAACCAGUCCGCGCGGCCUUGACCAAAGAACAAAUUGACGCUGCACUGAAAGCAUGUUUGGACUUGCAAAAUACUGCCACGAGUCUACACGAGAAGCGGCCUUUUGCAGCCUUGCUUUUGGGACCUGACAACACCACCGUCUUGCUUACACACUUUUCCAUCUCUCAUGUCCAACAUGCAGAGACCGAGCUCGCCCGACUUGCUACCAUCCACUUCUCGCAGAAAUACCUCGCCGCGUGCACGCUUGUGUCGACUUGGGAGCCAUGCGCGAUGUGUACGGGGACACUGUACUGGAGUAAUAUUGGGCGUUUAGUCUACGCUGCUAGCGAAGAAAAGCUGAAAGACUUGACGGGCGGCGACAACCAGGAAAAUAUGACCAUGUCUCUGCCCUGUCGGGAUGUGCUCAAGGCCGGCCAGAAAGAUGUCGAGGUCAUUGGACCCGUUACACAAUGGGAAGAGAAGGUCGUUGAAGAGAGUGGCAAAUGGUGGAAAGAACACCAGUCCGAUGGCUCUGCUGGGAGAUUGAGAGGAGAUAGUGUGAAUGGAAGUGAGAAACCGGGAAGCCUGUCAAGUACGCGUCACGGUACACCAACUACCUGGACAGGAGAAGACACUGUUCUCAGUAGCAUCGAUGAUGAAGGUGAGUACAAGGCAGAGCUUGAUAUCGACUGGAUGAGGUAG